UAGAGAGGGGGGGAGCUAGACAGCCUGCGGUGCCGCUUUGUGGACAACAACUCCCAUUGUUGGGGCGGAGAGAGACAAGUAAAAUCUUGUUGGUAUAUCCAUUAUCUUCGUUUUGAAAAGCGCAUCUGUACAUUGUAUCGGAUUAGUAUGCGUUGAAUACUGCAUCCAUCUCCCAUCACUAGUUGGUUUGUCAUUUUUAGUAGGGACUUAGAAAGUAGCUAUCGUACCGGGGUUCGUGUUUAAGCAUCGGAAUUAACGGGAGCCAUGGCGAAAAGUCUGUCCCUUGUUACUGUCGUUUUGUGUGGGACUCUGAUCCCCUUCGUGACAGCUGGAGAGGACUGUGAAGCCUACCUAAAUGCCUUCAGCCAUUACAAAGCCAAACUGGACUGCAGUACAUUUCAGUGGUGCUGUGGAUCGUGUGAGAAUAGAUACUGCUGUAGCAGCCAAUCUCUCAGGCUGACUGAGUCUGAACAGGAAAACUGCAUAUACAGUGGCAAUAUGAGCACUUUGACCAUCUCGUCGUUCGUGGUGACAGCUGUCAUCUUCACCAUCAGUUUAAUCUGUUGCUGUGUGUGUCCCUGCUGUUGCCUGUACAAAAUGUGCCGGAAGCCCAGACCGGUGAUAGCUACGACCGCCCACACAACGGUGGUGAAUACUCACUACCCCCAGCAGCCCGUCCAGCCCUACCAGGGGGCCCCCCAGUACCCUGCCUACCAGACCGUACCGGUCCAGCCUGGGUAUGGGGUUCAGCCUCAACCCGGCUAUGGAGGUGGCCAGCCCAUACCCACAGCACCAGGCUACCAGGGACAGCCGUUCCAGCCAGGACCACCCCCUCCUUACCAAGAGACUGGUCCAGCCUAUCCUCCUGCUAUCCCAGUGUCUUAUAGUCAGGCUGGGUUCAGUCCAGGACAGCUAUCUUACCCCCUCCAGGCUCCAGCCCAGCCCAGCUACCCAGCCCAGCCUCAGCCAGCCUAUCCCUGUGCACCUCCCGCCCAGCCCGACUUCCUUUCUGCCCAGCCUGCUUACAACCCUGCCUUCAUGGAGCCCCAGCCUCCCAAGACUGGCAACUGAAGCAGCUCCUCCCCUCCCAUUCUCC